AGCUCCAUUUUGUCACCGCCUGAGAGAAGACAGAAACGGUAAAGAGAUAAAUUAUUGGAAAUAUUAGAUAAAAUAGCAUGAUUUUGAAGUAAGAGGAGAGCAUAAGAAAGGUGUAGUCCUUUUGCAAUGGUGUUUUCUAGGAGAGGGGGCCUGGGAGCCCGGGAUCUGCUUCUUUGGCUUCUGCUCCUCGCAGCCUGGGAGGUGGGGAGCAGCCAGCUCCACUACUCGAUCCCGGAGGAAGCCAAACACGGCACCUUCGUUGGCCGCAUUGCUCAGGACCUGGGACUGGAGCUGGCGGAGCUGGUGCCUCGCCUGUUCCGGGUGGCGUCCAAAACACACAGGGACCUUCUGGAGGUAAAUCUGCAGAAUGGCAUUUUGUUUGUGAAUUCUCGGAUCGAUCGCGAGGAGCUGUGCCAGUGGAGCGCGGAGUGCAGCAUCCACCUGGAGUUGAUCGCCGACAGGCCGCUGCAGGUUUUCCAUGUGGAGGUGAAGGUGAAAGACAUUAACGAUAAUCCACCCGUCUUCAGGGGCAGAGAACAAAUAAUAUUUAUUCCUGAAUCUAGACUCCUGAAUUCGCGUUUUCCGAUAGAAGGAGCUGCUGAUGCAGACAUUGGUGCUAACGCUCUUCUAACGUACACGCUCAGCCCGAGUGAUUAUUUCUCUUUGGAUGUAGAGGCAAGUGAUGAACUGAGUAAAUCUCUUUGGCUUGAAUUGAGAAAAUCUUUGGAUAGAGAAGAAACACCAGAACUUCACUUAUUACUGACAGCCACUGAUGGGGGCAAACCGGAGCUGCAAGGUACAGUUGAGCUGCUGAUCACCGUCCUCGACGUUAAUGAUAACGCCCCACUGUUUGACCAGGCCGUAUACAGAGUCCACUUGUUAGAGACUACAGCAAAUGGAACAUUAGUGGCCACAUUAAAUGCCUCUGACGCUGACGAAGGUGUAAAUGGUGAAGUCGUCUUUUCCUUUGACAGUGGUAUUUCUCGUGACAUUCAAGAAAAAUUCAAAGUUGAUUCCAGCUCAGGAGAAAUUAGGUUAAUUGAUAAACUGGAUUAUGAAGAAACAAAAUCCUACGAAAUUCAAGUAAAGGCAGUUGAUAAAGGAAGUCCUCCGAUGUCAAAUCACUGUAAGGUUUUGGUGAAAGUGCUGGAUGUAAAUGAUAAUGCUCCAGAACUGGCGGUCACUUCAUUGUAUUUGCCUAUCAGAGAGGACGCUCCACUCAGCACCGUCAUCGCCCUCAUCACCGUGUCUGACCAUGACUCAGGUGCCAACGGGCAGGUGACUUGCUCCUUAAUGCCCCACGUCCCCUUCAAGCUGGUGUCCACCUUCAAGAAUUACUACUCGUUGGUGUUGGACAGCGCCCUGGAUCGCGAGAGCCUGUCGGUCUAUGAGCUGGUGGUGACCGCGCAGGACGGGGGCUCGCCUUCGCUGUGGGCCACGGCCAGGGUGUCCGUGGAGGUGGCCGACGUGAAUGACAACGCGCCAGCGUUCGCGCAGCCCGAGUACACAGUAUUCGUGAAGGAGAACAACCCGCCGGGCUGCCACAUCUUCACGGUGUCUGCGCGGGACGCGGACGCGCAGGAGAACGCGCUGGUGUCCUAUUCGCUGGUGGAACGGCGGGUGGGCGAGGGCGCGCUGUCGAACUACGUGUCGGUGCACGCGGAGAGCGGCAAGGUGUACGCACUGCAGCCCCUGGACCACGAGGAGCUGGAGCUGCUGCAGUUCCAGGUGAGCGCGCGGGAUGCGGGCAUGCCGCCUCUGGACAGCAACGUGACGCUGCAGGUGUUCGUGCUGGACGAGAACGACAACGCGCCGGCGCUGCUGGCGCCUCGAGUGGGUGGCACUAUUGGUGCAGUCAGUGAGCUGGUGCCGCGAUUGGUGGGUGCGGGUCAUGUGGUGGCGAAGGUGCGCGCAGUGGACGCCGACUCGGGCUACAACGCGUGGCUGUCCUAUGAACUGCAGCCGGCAGCAGGCGGCGCGCGCAUCCCGUUCCGCGUGGGGCUGUACACGGGCGAGAUCAGCACGACUCGUGUCCUGGACGAGGCUGACUUGUCGCGCUACCGCCUUCUGGUGCUAGUGAAGGAUCACGGUGAGCCGGCGCUGACAGCCACGGCCACUGUGCUUGUGUCUCUGGUGGAGAGCAGCCAGGCGCCAAAGGCGUCUUCGCGGGCGUCGGUGGGUGUCGCGGGCCCAGAGGCGGCGCUGGUGGAUGUUAACGUGUACCUGAUCAUCGCCAUCUGCGCGGUGUCCAGCCUGCUGGUGCUCACACUGCUGCUGUACACGGCGCUGCGGUGCUCAGUGCUGCCCACUGAGGGUGCGUGUGUGCCGGGCAAGCCCACUCUGGUGUGCUCCAGCGCGUUGGGGAGCUGGUCGACCUCACAGCAGAGGCGGCAGAGGGUGUGCUCUAGCGAGGGCCCACCCAAGACCGACCUCAUGGCCUUCAGCCCAGGCCUGUCUCCAAGUCUUAACACGUCAGAAAGAAAUGAACAACCAGAAGCAAAUUUGGAUCUUUCUGGUAAUCAAUUACAUAAGCACUGGUUGAUACUGAGACACCAUAAAGUCAAAGCAAUCCAGGAUGCUGAGCCAACAUGUGGAGAAAAGCUGUCAUAGGAAGUCCCCAAUAACUACAAAGGACUCUGCAGGAGCAAGAAAUAAAAUUAUGUUU